CACUGCACUGUUCUUCCACGUACGGACAAACCUGUUCAGCUGUGGCCGUUGGAACCAACGUUCUCUCUCUAGGCUCUCUUAAUAAUCUCUCUCUCUCCCCCAAACCACGACCUAAACCGAACCUGAAACAGAAGGGGUGGAUUCGGUAGGGACGAGGUGGUGCCGCACCUGUCUCUGACCUAACCAAAACCAUGCAUGCGUCUUACCUCUCAUCCUCCCCUUCUUCAUCAUGAAUCCAUUGAUGGCGAGCGCCCUGAUCAGGAUCAGGUUUUGGAGAUAACCUCAUUUCAAGAGAUCAGGAGGGGAACGGACGUAUGGCGUCAACGGCGGCGGCGGCCGGCUCCGACUCCCGGCGGCUCUUGCCGGGCCAUCAGAUUUCCCAUCAGAUGGAUAGGAUUAACGGGAAUAGCCUGAAGUCUACCACUGCAGUAUCUCCAUUCUCUCUUGGAGCAGACGAAUUCGAGGAGGACACGCUUAUUGCCUCGCAAGCACCAUCACAGGGAAUUGGUGGCUUCGAAAGAAAUGCAGGCUCUGUGAGCUGGGGCAUUUUUCAUAGCCUGAAGAUCGUGCUGCUCAAGUCAAAGCUCAACGUGUUGAUACCGUGUGGUUUUUUGGCCAUCAUUGUCAACUACUUGACCGGAAAUCAUGGUUGGGUAUUUCCUCUGACCCUGCUGGGCAUUAUCCCUUUGGCCGAAAGAUUGGGUUUCUCCACCGAACAAUUAGCAUUCUUCACAGGCCCAACAGUUGGGGGCCUUCUGAAUGCUACAUUUGGCAAUGCAACGGAGUUGAUUAUAUCAAUCCAUGCACUAAGGAGCGGAAAGUUAAGGGUUGUUCAGCAAUCCUUGCUUGGGUCCAUCCUGUCAAACUUGCUUCUGGUUCUUGGUUGCGCAUUCUUCAGCGGAGGGAUCACUUGUGGAAAAACAGAGCAGAACUUCAACAAGUCAGGUGCAGUAGUGAGCUCUGGACUGCUUUUAAUGGCGGUAUUGGGGUUGCUUCCUCCUACUGUGCUACAUUACACCCAUUCAGAAGUUCACUCUGGAAAGUCAGGACUAGCAUUAUCAAGGUUCAGCAGCUGCAUUAUGCUUGUUGCUUAUGCUUGUUACAUUUACUUUGAAUUGUCAAGCAGUCGCCGUCGCGGGGAAUUUAGUGAAGUCAGAGUUGCGAAUUUAGGGGAUGCCAAUAAUGAUGAAAAUCCCGAGAUGUCAAAAUGGGAAGCCAUUGCCUGGCUUGCAAUUUUGACAGUUUGGAUCUCAGUACUCUCUGACUAUUUAGUUGAUGCAAUCGAUGGGGCUUCCCAGGCUUGGAAUAUACCAGUUGCAUUCAUCAGUGUUAUUUUGCUUCCAAUUGUGGGGAAUGCUGCAGAACAUGCAAGUGCUGUCAUGUUUGCAAUGAAAGACAAAUUAGAUCUCUCCCUUGGAGUUGCAAUAGGGUCAUCCACACAAAUGUCCAUGUUUGGGAUACCAUUUUGUGUAGUGAUAGGAUGGAUGAUGGGCCAGCCAAUGGACUUGAACUUUCAUCUCUUCGAGACCGCAAGCCUCUUAAUGACAGUACUGGUAGUCGCAUUUUUGUUGCAGGAUGGGACUUCGAAUUGCUUAAAAGGGUUGAUGUUGUUUCUUUGCUAUCUGAUAGUGGCUGCCAGUUUCUAUGUACAUUCUGAUCAGGAUCCUGCAGGUAAUAACCCUUCUCAAAACUAGGAGUACCUGGAAGAUCCCACAGAUUGUGAAGAAGAUUUCUACCAUGUGACAACAUUUGCAGUCAAGAAAGGAGCUAUUUAUGUACUUUUGACUGAUAUAGGUCUUUCAAGUGCAUCCAUUCUUGAAACCUUUUUUUUUCAAGGAGACACAUCCAGUUUUGUAUAUACGCAGAAUCCCCGUAAAAAUAUGGAGUUGUGUAGACAGAAGCUUUCUUGUUAUAAUAUCGAGAGAGAAUAGUAAAACAUCGAAACAAAUCUUUUAGUUUCAGUAUUAGCUCUGUUA